GGAAUUUGGACUUUGUCAUUACAAAAAUUUCACAUUAUCAGAUCAAAUAAGCACAGCUUGUUCACUAGAGCUGCAUUUGAAAUUUUAAAAUAUUGUACUGAUAUUUUUGUCAGUUUAAAUGUAAAAAAGCUUUAGGCCUAUACACUAUUUCUUUUUCACUAACUUUUUUGACCUUUCAUCUCUCAGGUUUCUGAUAUGAAGUAAAAUACCUUCACUUUAAAAACUUUUGUUUAGACUUUUAGAUAUGCACACAAUUAUGCAGCUGUUGAAAGUUAACUGACUGCACUUUUGUCAUACGUUUAGCUCAAGCACAUCUAUUUCAUCCAAUUUCUCUCAAGUAUCAUUUUAAAACAUUGCACAGUCCCCCGUUGCCUUAGCGCUAUCGUAUGGAGGUCCCUCUCUGUGCCCUUUCUAAGAGUGGAGGUGGUGUUAGCGGUUGAGCAGCGUCUCCAAGCACAGGAUUGAGUGACAGGAGCAGCCGCUGCUGGGUAGAGAAGGAAGAGUGUGGAUAACGUGGGCAGAGACGCAGUCAUUAGUCACGGCAAGUACGGGUUUGGAUACAUGAGCAUGCCAGCAGAGGUGACAGGGCCAACGGUGGUAAUGGAUGCCUUUCCGCUCUGCGCCCUAUCCGCACCUAUCCCAGCAUCCUCCUCCUCUCUUUCUCUCGCUCUGACACACGAGGACUGCAUCACGUCUGCGAACCCAUGAGUGAAAUCUUAAACGGCUCUGCUGAUCUACCCUCUUGGGAAAGGGAAGAAAGGGAGAGACGCUGUGGGGAAAGGGAAAUAGGACUGGAGGACACUGGGAACGUUGCACUCAACAUCGAGGAUAUGAAUCUUAAUGAAGAGAAGAAAGCACCACUCAGAGAGAAGGACUUGGGCACAAAAAGGGAGAUGGUCCUUCAGUACAUCAUCACAGCUGCAAAAACUGGUAGUUUGAGGAGCAGCAGUCAAAUCUCUCCUCAGGAGUUUCUGAAUGAGCUGAAAGGUGGCGCCACCGACGAGAGACUGUUUGCUUGUCUGGACUCCCUCAGAGUGUCACUCACCAGCAACCCAGUCAGCUGGGUGCAGAGUUUUGGCCAUGAGGGUCUGGGCCUCCUGUUGGAUACGCUGGAGAAGCUCCUUCUCAAAAAACACCAAGAAAAGGUGGAUAAGAAGAGUCAACACAAAGUCAUUCAGUGCCUCAAGGCCUUUAUGAACAACAAGUAUGGCCUGGAGCGGAUCCUUGGAGAGGAGACGAGUCUGGCACUCUUGGCCCAAGCCAUUGACCCUUGUCAGCCGGCCAUGAUGACAGAUGUGGUCAAACUGCUUUCUGCAAUCUGCAUUGUAGGAGAAGAAAAUACUUUGGAGAAGGUCCUUGAAGCCAUCACCACAGCAACGGAAGGAAGAGGGGUGGCCCGCUUUAACCCUAUCGUCCAAGGCCUUAGUGUUCGCUCCGUCCAGUUACAGGUGGCUUGCAUGCAGCUCAUCAAUGCCCUCGUAACGUCUCCUGAUGAGUUGGACUUCAGGCUGCACAUCCGAAAUGAAUUUAUGCGCUGCGGCCUGCGAGAGAUCCUCCCGAGCCUGAACAGUGUAAAAAACGAUGCUCUGGAUAUUCAGCUGAAGGUCUUUGAGGAGCACAAGGAGGAGGACAUGAUUGAGUUCUCCCAUCGCCUAGAGGACAUCAGGAGUGAACUGGAUGAUAUCGGAGAUGUCUUUAAUGUGUUAUAUUGCUCUGUGAAGGACACAAGCACUGAGAGCCAUUUUCUUUCCAUACUGCAGCACCUGCUACUUGUCAGGAAUGACUAUUUCACACGGCCUCAGUAUUUUAAGAUCAUAGAGGAGUGUGUGUCUCAAAUCGUCCUCCAUCGUAGCGGCACAGAUCCUGAUUUCACAUACCGCAAACGUCUGGAUGUGGACUUCAGCCACCUGUUAGAGGUGUGUGUGGAUAAAGCAAGGGCCGAGGAGUUUGAACAGAGGGCCUCAGAGUUAGCUCAAAAGUUUGAUGAGGAGUUCCUGGGCAGACAGGAAGUUCAAGCCCAGCUGUUGAAGAGAGAGGAGAAGAUCAAUGAGCUGGAAGCUGAACUUCAAGCCUAUAGAAACCAGUUCGGAGCCAUUCCAGUGGUCUUGCCUUCAGUGCAAUCUCUUCCAGCCUUGUCUUCAACUGCCUCUUCCUCAUUCCCCCCUGCCCCACCUCUUCCUCCACUUGUUCCUGGGGCUGCAGUUCUGCCACCCCCUCCUCCUCCUCCACCUCCUCCACCAGGCUGUGCCUUCAUACCAGGGAUGCCUCCACCCCCUCCUCCUCCUCUGGGACUGGGCAUGCUGACACCCUCCUCAGUCCAACACACUCUGCCUUUCGGCCUGAAACCCAAGAAGGAAUUCAAACCCGAGACUUCCAUGAAGCGCCUCAAUUGGUCCAAGAUCUCACCCCAGGAGAUGUCUGAGAGCUGUUUUUGGGUCAUUGCCAAAGAGGAUCGUUACGAGAAUGAGGACCUGCUUACCAGGCUGGCCGUUACCUUUGGCACACAGCGAGCCGCUCGACGAGAAGAGGAGGAUCUGGAGGAGAAGAAAUCCAUCAAAAAGAGAGUCAAAGAACUAAAAGUGCUGGAUCCAAAGAUAGCGCAGAACCUCUCCAUUUUCCUAGGGUCGUUCCGUAUGCCCUACGAGGAGAUCAGGAAAAUGAUUUUAGAGGUGGACGAGGAUCAGCUGACUGAGCCCAUGAUCCAGAAUCUUGUAAAGCACCUGCCUGAACAGGAGCAGCUGAACGCCCUGGUCAAGUACAAGAGCGAAUAUGCCAACCUCUCUGAGCCGGAGCAGUUUGGAGUAGUGAUGAGUAGUGUGAAGCGUCUGAGGCCCAGGCUCAACUCCAUCCUGUUUAAGCUGCAGUUUGAAGAGCAGGUAAAUAACUUGCGUCCAGACAUCAUGGCGGUGAAUGCAGCAUGCGACGAGGUGAGGAAGAGCAAACCCUUCAGCAGGCUGCUGGAACUCAUUCUGCUCAUGGGGAACUUCAUGAACGCCGGCUCACGGAACGCCCAGUCUUUCGGCUUCAACCUCAGCUCACUCUGCAAGCUGAAGGACACUAAAUCGGCUGAUCAGAAGUCCACUCUUCUGCAUUUCCUGGCAGAGGUCUGUGAGGAGAAAUACCCUGAAGUGCUGAAGUUUGUGGAGGAUCUACAGCAUGUGGACCGGGCCAGUCGAGUAUCAGCAGAAAACCUUGAGAAGAGCCUGAAACAGAUGGAGAAACACCUGCUGCAGUUGGAGAAGGAUCUGGACACUUUCAGCUCCACAGACGACCAGCAGGACCUGUUCCACAGCAAGAUGGCAAGUUUCUCUAAGCAGGCAAGAGAUCAGUACCAGAAGCUGGUGAUCAUGCACAGUAAUAUGGUGACCCUUUACCUCAACAUGCUGGAGUAUUUCGCCAUCGACCCCAAGAAGACCUCUGUGGAGGAACUCUUCACUGACCUCAGCAACUUCAGAGCCAUGUUCAUGCAAGCAGUAAAGGAGAACAUAAGGAGAAGAGAGGCAGAGGAGAAGCAGAGGAAAGCGAGGAUAGCCAAAGAGAAGGCAGAACGAGAGAAGCAGGAGCGGCAGAUGAAGAAGAAGAGACUGCUGGAGGUCAACACAGAGAACGAUGAGACCGGUGUGAUGGAUUGUCUGCUGGAGGCGCUGCAGUCUGGAGCCGCUUUCAGAGACCGCAGGAAAAGAGCACCCAGACCCCGAGGUGAACCAACACAAGUGCUCAACCCGAGUCCACAAAGACCUGUUCUGAAAGACUGCAACCACGAAAACAUGAAGGCACCUCUGCAAAGGUCACGGUCGCGGCAGAAUAUCAAUUCCAACUCGACACGAGCACCCACUGCCAAGGAGCCUCAUUACGAGAGCGAACCCCAUCCGUCUGCAGCCCACAGGCCGACCCACCGGCCCGAGAGGGAGAAAGAAAAAGCGAGAGAGCGAGAAAAGGAAAAAGAGCAAACUCCGACGCUUUGCUCAUCCAAUGGUGACACGGACGUGGAGGCCUUGCUCGCCCGCCUGCGUGCCCUAUGAUGACAUCACCGCCUCCCCGGACCUCUCGGGUUUGACCUCUGUAGUCACUACAGUGACACAGACACAAAAAAGAAACACAAAGCUCGCAGUCACCUUUCGCUAAUAAAUGCCGGGCGGGUUGCGCACAUACGCGCAUAGGAAAAGUCUUAACAAUUAACCUUUCCCAUCCGUCUCCUCUGCCCUUUUACCUCCAACAACAGACUUCUUGUCCACAGAAGUGCGAGUUAUUGUGCUGGUUGGGUCCAGGAUGAAAACUCGUCGCUGUUUUUUAUUAAGCAGCUAAUUACUGGACGGUUUAGAGUGACCUUUUGGCCAAGCACUUGUCUUUUUUUUUAUGUCAUAAACAGACCAAUUAUUACUCUUUAAAAGGCUUCACACUGCUCUUUAAGGCACUCCGACAUGCGUCUUUUCACAUACGUAGACGCUUUGAACAAUAACAGUUCAAAUUUGUCAAAUCACAUUUACCCUUUCUGCUUUCAGACUCAUUUUAGCCCUGCUGUACGUUCUGUAUUCAUAUGAAAAAUAUAUAUUUUAGCAUCUUUGAUAAAGCAGAUAUAUCUUAAAAUGUUUAUUAUAAAUAUAAAUCAUCUUUUUCAGUGUGAUUGACCCUUGUUUGUAUUCAUGUUAAUGCCAAAUUAAUCACAAAAUGUAUUAUGCAUGGAAAUACUUAGAACGAUUACUGAUGUACACUUUAUAUAUAUAUAUAUAUAUAUAUAAUAAAAAAAGAAUAUUAGUUCAGUUUCGUCCCCCUCAAGAGAGACGGUACUAUGCAAGAGCAGCGGUUCUGUAUUACAAGAGCCGCUGACAGCAGAUCCCUGAGUGUCAGGAGUAUUUGUACUACUUAGCAAACCUCACUGAUAUAAUGCACACUACUUCUCUGCAGAUUUGUUCUUGGAUCUGCUGCUUUUCCAAAUAACGUUUCCUUUUUUUUUGUUAGACAUUCGAUUUCUUUUGUUUCCUUUAGUGUUUGUCUGUCUCAUUGUGUGUGCGUGCACGUGUUUGGUGUUUUUUCAUUGUAUAAUUGGCAAGUUUUCACAUUCCUCCUCAUGAUGUUUUCUGUUCUGCUAUUCCUGAUGUGAUUUUCCCCUUUACUGCUCUCAAUCAGGCGUGACAUCAGAAUGAGAUUACCUGUGAAAUCACAUCUCUUUCUCUCUCUCUUGUUCUCCCUGGACUUAGUGCACUCGUAUCACCUUUUUUGAUUCUUUGAAACAACAUUCCUGUUAUUGGAUAGACAUUAUUGCGGUGACAUCAUUUGGUGAAAUGCUUCAAAUAAAAUAAGGAAAAGAAAAACGA